UCUAGGGCCAGGCUCUAGCUAGUCUAUAUAAACUUCUCAUUUUCCACAUGUAUACACAGUUCACACAGCGACAACAUCUCCACCUUCACACGCUAAAACCGGCAGCCAUGGCGAAGCGCUUCAAGCUUAGGAUCUGCAGAGUGAUCACCACCACUUUGCAGUCUUGCCGAUCCAAAGACCCUUCCAUUCUCCCUGAAGAUCCCAUCCCUUCAUUCUCCAGGCCCCAUCGCCCCUCCUUCAACCACCGCCUCUCCUCCGCCUUCAUAUCCUUCGGCGCUGCCUGCGGUUCGCCUUCCGAUAAACAAACUCCAGAAGACCACCUCAACGGGACUGAGUCGCAAGAAUUCAAGUGGCAGAAGGAAGACAAAUGGCACGUCGUUGCCAAGAUAUACGAACCAACCACACCUCGCCGGAAAAUCUACAGCUCCUCCGAAGACGACCUGUCACUCGCUCAUCCCAUGCCCCCAACUCCGCCGCCGUCAGCUGCCGAGAAGAAGAAAAGACGCGGGAAAAAGAAGAAGAACAACGUACCGAGCAGACUCCGCAUCAGCACCUCGUCAGGCGACAGCGGAUGGGUCAGCAGUGAAGGAGGAGCCCGCACCCGCGCCGAGGACGAAAGAGACGAAGAGGAGACUGAAACCAUGCUCUCCUCAUCUUUAACCUUCUCCACGGACUCUUCCUCCGAAUUCAAUCAGUUGCAGCCCAUCCGGGAGACGCAAGUCUUCAAUAUCACCACAAAUUUGACACACAGGAGAAACAAAAGAAGAGUCUCCAAGCGCACGAAGCGAAGGCAGCCGCAUCCGCAGCCGCCGCCGGCCGAGGUAGAGAUUCCAGCGAGGCUCUCGGUGUUCACCAAGCUAAUUCCGUGCACGGUUGAUGGGAAAGUGAGGGAAAGUUUCGCGAUCGUGAAGAGAUCAGAGGACCCUUACGAGGAUUUCAAGAACUCGAUGAUGGACAUGGUUUUGGAGAAACAGAUGUUCGACCCGAAAGACUUGGAACAGCUGCUGCAUUGCUUUCUGUCGUUGAAUUCCAGGCAUUACCAUGGGAUGAUCGUCGAAGCUUUUUCUGAAAUCUGGGAGAGCAUUUUCUCUCGGGCGGCUUCCAAGUCUUCUAUUCGGAAUCACCGGCGGGUUUCCAGGCCAGCUUCGUUUUAGUCAAGUCUUGCUGAAGAUUAUUCUAGCUCUUUGUAUACUAGUGUACUGUUCAGUUCAUUAAUGAAGAAAAUUUGUGGUUCUUAGUCAUGAUAUGCUUCAAUCCAUGCACUAGUUAUGUUUAUCU